CGGGGCCUGGGCCUGUCCGUGGGCAGCAUGAUCUGUGGCUGGGACAAGAAGGGCCCAGGGCUCUACUACGUGAAUGAAGAUGGGACUCGGCUCUCAGGCAUGUUCUCCACCAGCAGCGGGAACGCUUAUGCCUACGGGGUCCUGGACAGUGGCUCCCGGGCCGACCUCAGUCCUGAAGAAGCCUAUGACCUUGGCCGCAGGGCUGUUGUUUAUGCCGCUCACAGAGACAGCUAUUCUGGAGGCGAUGUCAACAUGUACCACAUGAAGGAGGACGGCUGGGUGAAAGUGGAAAGUACAGAUGUCAGCAACCUGCUGUACCAGUACCGGGAGGCCAAUCAGUAACAGGGCGGGGCUGUGCAGGCCUCUUCUGGUGGGAGAGCCACCAGUCAGGGACCGGCCGCUGGAAGUCUCAGCACGGAACAGAAUGGCGCAGGUGAUGGGCCGCGUUCACCCAUGUCUGUGCUCUCCUUUCAAUGAGCAGCUCACCUGUGGGCCUUCAGGCGCCCCAUAGACACAAUAAAGGAAAACGGUUAAAAGGAGCCUGCUGUGGCUAAGUGGGCUAAGUGGGGGCUGUGAGUUUUCUCGGGGGAGGGAAGCACAGGAAAUGAAGAGCGGCUUUCUCUGAGAAGUAACUCAGAUUCCUUUGUAAGAAAUGGAAGCUCUACCCCAGUCCCAGGCCUGUAAUCCUG